AAUCCAAUCAGCUUCCAUAUAUUUGCGUUUGGUUCAAUCAUGUUCUUCAUUUGGUACAACCAGGAAAAAGGAGGGAGGGGGCUAAUGGUUGUAGUAACAAUAAGAUUACUGAAAAGGGUUAAAUCAAUUGGCAAGGCAGGUCCGAAAUAAAAUCCCAAUUAAACAACAUAAUUCAACAAAAAGAAAUAAAAAAAUAUACCAAUUUAUCCCCAGAACCGCGGGUUGAGCUAGCGCCUUCUGCGUACGCGAGCCUAAUAUUUGCGUCUUUAUAAUCGGUACAAAAUAUCCCAAAAGGGUAACUUGAGCCGUGUUUUGUUUUCCCUCCACUAAAACACUAGUGUUAGAGGUUUUUAUUUUGGUCUGAAGUGUGAGAGGUUUAUAGAGGGAACAAAUGCUAUCGCGACGACUUCCUUCUACGGCGGUUUCUUUCUCAUGGCGGCGGUCCAGACUCCCGAACUUGGUCCCCACUCAGACGGUGCAGAUGGUUCAGACAUCUCUCGAGUCACUCUCCGUUUGCCCUAAUAAAGUUUGCAUGAUUGCCUUCUGUUAUUCCACCAGUCCUCAAAUAUCCGCCGACUUGACCGACUCAAUCCCCCAACCGCCGUCAAAACAAGGUCCUCUUCAACCCGGUCUGUAUCUAGUUGGAACUCCAAUUGGAAACCUCGAAGAUAUCACUCUACGAGCCCUCCGAGUCUUAAAAUCAGCUCAUGUAAUACUUUCAGAAGAUACAAGGCAUUCGGGAAAGCUGCUCCACCAUUACAAUAUUAAAACUCCCCUUCUGAGCUAUCACAAAUUCAAUGAAACCCAAAGGGAACAAACUGUGUUGAAGAGGCUGAAGGAAGGUGAAAUUGUGGCGCUCAUAAGUGACGCUGGGAUGCCAGGCAUCAGUGAUCCUGGCACCGAAUUGGCAAAGCUAUGUGUGCAUGAAAACAUCCCUGUUAUUCCUAUACCUGGGCCGUCCGCUUUUGUUGCUGCCCUUUCUGCCUCUGGCCUAUCCACUGAUGAGUUUACGUUUGUUGGAUUUCUCCCUAAACAUGCUGGAUCUAGAAGAGAGAGGCUGAUGGUUUCAGCAAAUGAGGCGACGACACAAAUAUUCUAUGUGCCUCCCCACAAGCUUCGUCAGUUUCUUGAAGAGGCUUCUUCACUUUUUGGUGUUACAAGACAAUGUGUCAUAGCUCGUGAAAUUACAAAAGUUCAUGAAGAGUUUUGGCGGGGUACAUUGGGAGAAGCUGAAGAAGUGUUUUCUACUCGGACACCAAGAGGUGAAAUUACAGUGUUAGUUGAAAGAAAGGAAAAUUCUCCGGUUGAAACACCAUCAGAGUCUCAGCUUGAGGAUGAGUUAAGAGAUUUGAUUUCCAAUGGGCAUAGCCUUUCUACGGCUGUCAAAUUAGUGGCUGAUGGCACAUCAGUGAGAAAGAAAACGAUAUAUUCAAUCGCAUUGAGAAAAUUUGGGAAGCAACUUGGUUCAGAGAGUCAUGAAGAUCCAUGCAAGCGACAGCUGGAGUGACCUUAGAUGUUACUGGUGGACGUGGACCAGAGAAUAAAGUGCUUAUAUUAUGCGAACUGAUUUUUGUUUCUUAAUAUGUGAUGAAAAUAUUUACGUGAGUGUUUUAAUAGACUAAAUUUACAAUGCCGUAGUUC